CUACCCCUCCGGAUGCCCCGAUCCCCUCUCCAACCCCACUAAGCGGUUCCAGUCCCUUCUUCCUUCCCUCAGAACUCUUGAGAGUGUGGACAACUCCCCGGUGUUUCUUGCUUCAUCCUAGACACCCGCAGAUACCUCUCAGGCAGUGCUGACCCCUCUAGAAUCAUCUCAGUCUCUAAACACUCCCUCAGAUCCUUUUUGGCACCUCUAGACGCUCCUCUUCUGCUCCUCUCCAUGUCCCCUAGCUCCUUCUCACUCCCUCAAGACAUCGCCCUGGUCCCUCUUAGACCCUCUACAUGUCCCCCAAGCCCUUGCCCAUCUCUCUAGGUCCUCCUCCCGGUUCCUCUUGGCCUCUCUAGACACCCCCAGUUUCCUUGUGCGAGUGGCCCAGGGCCUCUCCAAGCCUCCACCAUCCUGGAGACAGCCACAUUCUCCUAAAGGCCAACCCCCCCCACACACAAGUCUCCGUGGGCCUGGGGUGUGGCAGGAUGGCAGCAGGCGUGGCCACAUGGCUGCCUUUUGCACGGGCGGCCGCGGUGGGCUGGCUGCCCCUGGCCCAGCAGCCCCUGCCCCCCGCGCCGGGGGUGAAGGCAUCUCGAGGGGAUGAGGUUCUGGUGGUGAACGUGAGCGGACGGCGCUUUGAGACCUGGAAGAACACGCUCGACCGCUACCCAGACACUCUGCUGGGCAGUUCAGAAAAGGAAUUCUUCUAUGACGCCGACUCAGGCGAGUACUUCUUUGAUCGCGACCCAGACAUGUUCCGGCACGUGCUCAACUUCUACCGCACGGGCCGACUGCACUGCCCACGGCAGGAGUGCAUCCAGGCCUUUGACGAAGAGCUGGCCUUCUAUGGCCUGGUGCCUGAGCUCGUGGGCGACUGCUGCCUCGAAGAGUACCGGGACCGCAAGAAGGAGAACGCCGAGCGCCUGGCGGAGGACGAGGAGGCCGAGCAGGCCGGGGACGGCCCAUCCCUGCUGGCUGGCAGCUCCCUGCGGCAGCAGCUCUGGCGGGCCUUCGAGAACCCACACACGAGCACCGCAGCCCUCGUUUUCUACUACGUUACCGGCUUUUUCAUCGCUGUGUCGGUCAUCGCCAACGUGGUUGAGACCAUUCCGUGCCGCGGCCCUGCACGGCGGCCCCCGAGGGAGCAGCCCUGUGGCGAGCGCUUCCCGCUGGCCUUUUUCUGCAUGGACACGGCCUGUGUACUCAUAUUCACAGGUGAAUACCUUCUGCGGCUGUUCGCGGCCCCUAGCCGUUGCCGCUUCCUGCGGAGUGUAAUGAGCCUCAUCGACGUGGUGGCCAUCCUGCCCUACUACAUCGGGCUCCUCGUGCCCAAGAACGAAGAUGUCUCGGGCGCCUUUGUCACCCUGCGGGUGUUCCGGGUGUUCCGUAUCUUCAAGUUCUCCAGGCACUCACAGGGCUUGCGGAUUCUGGGCUACACACUCAAGAGCUGUGCCUCUGAGCUGGGCUUUCUCCUCUUUUCCCUUACCAUGGCCAUCAUCAUCUUCGCCACUGUUAUGUUUUAUGCCGAGAAGGGCACAAACAAGACCAACUUUACUAGCAUCCCCGCGGCCUUCUGGUAUACCAUUGUCACCAUGACCACACUUGGCUACGGAGACAUGGUGCCCAGCACCAUUGCUGGCAAGAUUUUUGGAUCCAUCUGCUCACUCAGUGGCGUCUUGGUCAUUGCUCUGCCUGUGCCAGUCAUCGUGUCCAACUUUAGCCGCAUCUACCACCAGAACCAGCGUGCUGACAAGCGCCGAGCACAGCAGAAGGUGCGCUUGGCAAGGAUACGGUUGGCAAAGAGUGGUACCACCAACGCCUUCCUGCAGUACAAGCAGAACGGGGGUCUUGAGGACAGCAGCAGUGGGGAAGAACAGGCGCUGUGUGUCAGGAACCGUUCUGCUUUUGAGCAGCAACAUCACCACUUGCUGCAUUGUCUAGAGAAGACAACGUGCCAUGAGUUCACAGAUGAGCUAACCUUCAGUGAGGCCCUGGGCGCUGUCUCGCUGGGUGGCCGCACCAGCCGCAGCACUUCCGUGUCCUCCCAGCCAGUGGGGCCUGGCAGCCUGCUAUCCUCUUGCUGCCCCCGCAGAACCAAGCGCCGUGCCAUCCGCCUUGCCAACUCCACUGCCUCAGUCAGCCGUGGCAGCAUGCAGGAGCUGGACACGCUGGCAGGGCUUCAGAGGAGCCCUGCCCCUCAGAGCCGCUCAAGCCUCAAUGCCAAGCCCCAUGACAGCCUUGACUUGAACUGCGACAGCCGGGACUUCGUGGCUGCCAUCAUCAGUAUCCCCACCCCUCCUGCCAACACCCCAGAUGAGAGCCAACCUUCCUCCCCUGGCGGUGGUGGCAGUGGGGCCAGCAGCACCCUCAGGAACUCCAGCCUGGGUACCCCUUGCCUCCUUCCCGAGACUGUCAAUAUCUCUUCCCUAUGAGGGAUGGGCCUGCCCAUCCAAAGCGCUCUCCCAAUUCUUGGGGGCUCCCUUCCAAAGCCAUAUUUUGGGGACGCAGAGAAGGGCAGCCUGGGGACCCCUUCUGCCCCC